AUGCCUAGUGUGACUACAACAAGUACUGUCAGUUCAUCAGGAGUUCGUUUAAUGCGUAAAACUUCAUGUACUGGUACCAACGAUCAAGCUACUAAUUGUUCGUUUCAACAUAAUCCUGACAGAAAAUCACUAAGAGAUCAACCAAAUGUAGGGAAAUAUAAGUUAAUUCGUACACUUGGUCGUGGUAAUUUUGCAAAAGUCAAAUUAGCACAACAUGUUUCAACUGGGCGUGAAGUUGCUGUGAAAGUGAUCGAUAAAACUCAGCUUAAUCAGGCCAGUUUGAAGAAGCUAUUCCGAGAAGUGAAUAUUAUGAAAAUGUUAAAUCAUCCAAACAUCGUUCGCUUAUAUGAAGUGAUCGAAUCUGAGCGUCAUGUAUAUCUAGUCAUGGAAUAUGCAGAAAAUGGUAAGUUAUUUGUCUUACUUUUGCAUUUCUUAUUGUUUGUUAUAAACAAAUGUCAUUUCCUAUGA